CGGCCAUACACGCUGGAGUAAUUCGUCGGGACACUAAAAGUUAGAGAGAGAAACAUUUUCCUUGUAAUUAAAGCCUUUCUCACUCUAUUUGCCCAUCUGUCUAUUCUCUUCUCCCUUCUUCUUCUUCUUCUUCCUCUUCUUCUUUCCAUCCCACCAUAAACAAUUCCAUUUCCAUUCCCAAAUUUGAAUUCCUUACUGUUUUUUCUGUUGGCCAGACAAGGCACAUGCCCCGCCUUCUGGCCACUUUGUACGGUUGAACGGAAAAACUAAAGACGAUUUGCAUUUGAAAAAACCGACAAGAAGAAUGCGGAGGUGGCUUUGUUGUACUGGCCAUGUAGAAGACUCUUACCCAUCAAAUGAGGAGCCCUUUAAAAGCCCCAAGAACAAUACAGAAAAGACCUCUAAGAGCCAGAAGGUGUCUACACCUGCAAAUGAAGAUGUUCAUAAAUCAGCACCACCUCCAAUUGAAGUACCAGCCUUGUCUUUGGAAGAGCUUAAGGAAAAAACGGACAACUUUGGAUCAAAAGCAUUAAUAGGUGAAGGUUCCUACGGAAGGGUUUAUUUUGCGACAUUAGAAAAUGGGAAGGCAGUGGCUGUGAAGAAGCUUGAUGUCUCCCAGGAACCCGAGUCCAAUAAUGAGUUUCUGACACAGGUUUCUAGAGUCUCAAGGCUGAAACAUGAUAAUAUAGUAGAGUUGCAAGGGUACUGUGUAGAAGGAAAUAUGAGGGUGUUAGCUUACGAGUUCGCUACAAUGGGAUCCUUGCAUGACAUCUUGCAUGGAAGGAAAGGUGUGCAAGGUGCUCAACCUGGUCCAGUGCUUGACUGGAUGCAGCGAGUAAGGAUUGCUGUUGAUGCUGCAAGGGGAUUGGAAUAUCUCCAUGAGAAGGUUCAACCUUCUAUUAUACACAGAGAUAUUAGAUCUAGUAAUGUCCUGUUGUUCGAGGACUUCAGAGCCAAGAUUGCAGAUUUUAACCUUUCAAAUCAGGCUCCUGAUAUGGCUGCUCGUCUUCAUUCUACCAGAGUUUUGGGAACUUUUGGCUAUCAUGCACCAGAGUAUGCAAUGACUGGGCAGUUGACCCAAAAGAGUGAUGUAUAUAGUUUCGGUGUGGUUCUUUUGGAACUUCUGACUGGCCGCAAACCUGUGGAUCAUACUAUGCCACGUGGUCAGCAAAGUCUUGUAACUUGGGCAACCCCGAGGCUGAGUGAAGACAAAGUUAAGCAGUGUGUUGACCCCAGAUUGAAGGAUUACCCUGCAAAGGGUGUUGCUAAGUUGGCUGCUGUAGCAGCGCUUUGUGUUCAAUAUGAAGGGGAAUUUAGGCCAAACAUGAGCAUUGUUGUCAAAGCACUCCAACCUUUAUUGAAGGCACCCGCACCUGCUCCAGCUCCGGAGGCAGCGUAAUGCAGUGUGUUCCCGACAAAACUUGUCAUGGUUGUUAUGUUGGAAAGUUUUCUACAAUUAUUUCCCCUUUUUUUCUAUUCGAUUUUUUAAAUUCGUUCCCGAGCUAAGCUAAUGGAUUUCGAUGUGGGGAAAUGAAGUGUUUGAUGGCUUAAACUCUUUUGUAUGAAAAUGAGAGGGAUGUAGCAAAUUCUCUGUUUCUGAUUGUUGAGGUGUUUGGCAAAUUAUGUUGGC